AUGGGGACGCGUACGUGCACCCAGUUCUGCCUGUGCACCGUUAACUCCGUGGUGUCGCCGUUCGUGCUGUACGACAUCGCCGGCGAGGUGGGCUCCUACCUGAGCCGAAACAACACGGCGCCUCCGUACCGGUCACAGAUCCUGACGCCGCUGGUGCAGCAGUGCCAGCAGAUGUUUCUGUCGUGCAUGCACGUGCGCCUCUGCCACGUGACGCCGCCCGAGUACGACGAGUUCGUGUCGAUCGUGUUGCACGGCGCGGCAGGCGUUUAG